AUGACCGGUGCCGACGACGACCGACCGAGUCCACGGUUGCCCGAUAUGCGCCGCAGACAUUCGACACACGUCGAUGAGAGCGCGAACGCCGAAGACGCCGCGAAUCAUGCCGGCACCGGCAUGCACGACCUCGACAGGUCAGGCCGCCGUGUCUUCACAGAUCCCGCUGCUGCGCAUCAGCAGCCCGCCUCUACCACCUCCGCUGUCGAUGGCGCCGAUCUUCUCUCCUCGCCCACGAACGCACCGACGACCGAGCGCGCGAUCAGAGUUCGUUUCUCCACCGACAUCGAGCGGACUGCGGUUCCGGGCUACGUUGGCCCCGCUGGCAAUGGCAAUGGCAGAUCGCCGCCCGCGACACUACCUGGCAGCACGAUGGGGCAACUGGAGAGAGCAGGCACGCCCAAUCUCUCGGUAGACACUACGCCCGCAGUAGCGGAGACAGCGCACUCAACAGCCGCCUCCACAAGCCCGGAAACCGCUCGCUCGAGGCUCUCACCGUUGUCGCCGACCGGUCGAAACAGAGGAUAUUCUCUUCGGAGUUCGUUGUUCCGCCGCAAUGUGGAGAAUCCGGUUGCAUCGCCAGGGAGUGUUAUAGAGUUGGAGGAUGCGGGGGCUUCCUCCAGUCAGGUUCCACCAAUGUCAGCCGCAUGCGACCAGCCGAAGAAGUCGUCCGGUGACGGCCCGAGUGUCAAUGUCGAACAGGCUGAAGUGUCACCUCCUCGUGCCCCUGCUGAGUCACACUCGCAAUCGCAAAAGAGAGAAUCCGGGAAGUCGACGUUGAGAGGGAUUUCCGCGCUGCCCAACUAUGAAUCCUGGAUCAACGAAAGGGAGGGUCGGAAGAGCAUCGUGAAGACUGCGAGGGAGAAUGCUGACAAGCUACGGAAAUUCGUGUUCCGCAUCAAGGAGAUCCCUCCUAGCAAGGAUGGCAGGCAUAUCGACCUAGAUGCGUCGCGCACGAAAACGUUGAUUGACGAAAGAAUUGGGAAGCCCUACGUUUCCAACACCAUCCGCUCGAGUCGCUACAAUGUCUGGAACUUUCUGCCUCGCCAACUCAUCGCGCAGUUCUCAAAGCUGGCAAACUUCUACUUUUUGUGCGUUUCCAUUUUGCAGAUGAUACCCGGCCUCAGUACCACGGGGCAGUAUACCACCAUUGUCCCUCUAUUGUUCUUUGUAUCUCUUUCAAUUGGAAAGGAAGGCUACGAUGACCUUCGAAGAUAUCGCCUCGACAAAGCCGAGAACAAUCGAACGUGCAAGGUCCUGCAUGCAUAUCAACCUGUGGAUAAAGAGGCAUCGAGGACUAACCCCGAGAACGACUUGGGGGCGCCCUCCCUUGGCCCGACCCAUUGGACAAAGACAAAAUGGAAGGAACUCAAAGUUGGCCACGUCGUUAAACUUGAACGCGAUGAAGCGGCUCCAGCGGAUCUAGUUCUUCUCCAUUCGACUGGCGCUAAUGGAAUUGCCUAUGUUGAAACCAUGGCUCUGGACGGCGAAACCAAUUUGAAAAGCAAGCAGACGGCAGCCUUGCUGGCAGGGGCGUGUGACACAGACGACAAGCUUGCUUCAUGCCGGGGACACUUUGUUGUAGAGGACCCCAACACUGAUCUGUACAACUUCGAAGGUCGGGUUACGUACAAUGGAGAAACAGCGCCUCUGACAAAUGUCGAGAUCAUGUAUCGUGGCAGUAUUCUGAGGAACACUCCUGAAGCUGUCGGCAUGGUUAUUUACUCUGGCGAAGAUUGCAAGAUUCGCAUGAACGCUAACAAGAACCCAAGAAUCAAGGCCCCGGCUCUCCAGACCAUAGUCAACAGAAUUGUCAUCAUCAUCGUCAUUUUCGUCAUCCUCCUGUCCAUCUUCAACACCGUCGCUUACCAAGUCUGGUCAAGCAAGAAUGAAGACGACGCAUGGUACUUGACAGAUGCAAGCGUUGCCUUUUUCCCGAUUUUGGCAUCGUACAUCAUCAUGUUCAACACCAUGAUUCCGCUCUCCCUCUAUGUCAGUUUGGAAAUCGUCAAGGUCUGGCAGAUGUGGAUGUUGAACGACAUCGAUAUGUAUCACAAGGAGAGCAACACGCCUUUCGAGCCUCGCACCUCUACGAUCAACGAGGAAUUGGGCCAAAUCAGCUAUGUUUUUUCCGACAAGACAGGCACGCUUACGGACAACUCAAUGAAGUUCCGUAAGAUGUCCGUUGCCGGAACUGCAUGGCUCCACAACUACGAUCUGGAGCAGAAUGAGAGCGCACUCAUCAGGCGCCCGACGCAUAAGAGGAAGAACAAAGGCAAGAAACCUCUAAGGAAGAGUCUCGCAUCUGUUAAGCAUGCCAUGAAGUCUGACAACCAAGAUGGCUUCGAGACUCUUGGGGGCGAGGCCACCGCUAAGGCAACCGAGGCCGCCGAGGCUCAAGUGGAGAGUCAGUGGACUUCUUCCGCUCGCCCUUCUAAGCCUCAGUCGGAGCUUUUGACCUCGGACUUGAUCAAGUACAUCCAGCGCAAGCCCUACACCGUUUUCGCAAAAAAGGCCCGGAUGUUCCUGCUCUCGAUUGCUCUAUGCCAUACGUGUUUACCAGAGAAACGUAAGGACGGGGCCAUUGAGUUCCAGGCUUCUUCUCCAGACGAACUAGCUCUUGUGAAAGCUGCGCAAGAGCUUGGCUUCAUGCUCAUCGAUCGCGACGUUGGAACGAUCACCUUGAAGAGCUUCCCUUCUGCUGACGGUGAACCCGUUGUUGAGGUCUUUGAAGUCCUUGAUGUCAUCGAGUUCUCCAGCAAGCGUAAGAGGAUGUCCGCAAUUGUACGCUUCCCUGAUAAUCGCGUCUGUCUGUUAUGCAAGGGUGCCGACUCGAUAAUCAUGCAACGCCUGAAGAAUGCUGCACUAGCUCAUGAGAAGGUUGUGGAGAUUGAACGCAGAGCGAACAGACGUAAGAGCAUGGAAGCCCAAGUUGCGAUUGCCCGGAGGAGCGAGCAGAUUGAGCGCAGAAGCAUGAGCCGUCCCAGCAUGAGCCGUCCUAGUAUGAGUCGUCCUAGUUUCAGCAUGGGCCGCAAGAGCAUCGGAGCAGUAAGCCGUCAGAGCAUGGGAGAUACCAAGAUGCAGCCCAUCAGAGAUGAAUUGAACGAAUGGCUUAAUGACAGGGAACGGGAGAUUGACGUGUCUUCCGUGGAAGAACAUACCACGUACUAUUCUCCUCGCCCGUCCGCGCAAUUCAACGGACGCCAGUCGAUGGCUGUAUCUGAGGCGCGCAGCUCGAUGCAGCUCGAUGAAGAGGAUGAGCUCGUUGAGGAGGCUCUUGUCGUGGAUGAACCGACUGUCUUCGAACGGUGUUUCCAACACAUCAACGACUUCUCCACGGAAGGUCUCCGUACACUACUGUAUGGCUUUCGCUUCCUUGACGAACAGGAAUACCAGGCAUGGAAAAAGGUUUACCUUGACGCUACUACCAGUCUCGUUGACCGCCAAGACAUGAUUGAGCGGGCUGGUGAGAUGAUCGAACAGGAUCUGGAUCUCGCUGGUGCAACUGCAAUCGAGGACAAGCUUCAAAAUGGCGUUCCACAAACGAUUGACAAGCUCCGUCGGGCAAACAUUAAGAUGUGGAUGCUUACAGGCGACAAGCGCGAGACUGCCAUCAACAUUGGUCAUUCUUGUCGCCUAAUCAAAGACUACUCUUCACUCACCAUCUUAGAUCACGAAGUUGGCGAGGUCGAGCAGAGCAUCGCUACCGCGAUUGUGGACAUCAGCGAAGGAAAAAUUGCCCACUCAGUCGUCGUUGUUGAUGGUCAAACUCUCGCCAUGAUCGAAAAUGACCGCCCGGUGUACUCAUUGUUCUUUGACCUAGCCGUGCUUGCGGAUUCGGUCAUUUGUUGCCGUGCCAGUCCCAGUCAGAAAGCAGGUCUUGUCAACAUGGUGAGGAAGAAGGUCAAGAAGUCGAUCACGCUGGCCAUCGGCGACGGCGCAAAUGACAUUGCCAUGAUCCAGGAGGCACAUGUCGGCAUCGGAAUUACGGGUAAGGAAGGUCUACAGGCUGCAAGAGUGUCGGAUUACUCGAUGGCGCAGUUCAGGUUCCUGACCAAGCUGCUGCUCGUCCACGGACGGUGGAACUACAUACGGACGUGCAAGUACACCGUCGCAACGUUUUGGAAGGAGUUCCUGUUCUACCUCACGCAGGCUCUGUAUCAGCGGUGGGUCGGCUACACGGGUACCAGUCUGUACGAGUCGUGGAGCUUGAGCAUGUUCAACACGCUCUUCACCUCCCUCCCGGUCAUCAUCCUCGGCAUCUUCGACAAAGACCUCUCCCCAGCGACGCUCAUCGCCGUGCCCGAGCUCUACACCAAGGGGCAGCGCAACGGCGGCUUCAACUUCAAGAUCUACCUCGGCUGGAUGUUCAUGGCGUCGUGCGAGAUGGUCAUCAUCUUCUUCUGCAUGCUGGGCCUGUACGCGCAGGCCGUCUUCACCAACGACCAGAGCAUCUACGCGCUCGGCACCCUCACCUUCACGUCCGUCGUCAUCCUCAUCUCGUUCAAGCUCCAGGGGCUGGAGAUGCACACCAAGACGGCGACGGCGGCGUUUUCGUUUGUGCUCUCGGUGGGCGGCUGGUUCCUGUGGUGCAUCAUCCUCGCGUCGUCGUACAAGGACACGGAGACGAUUUACUACGUCAAGGAGGGCCUGUGGGAUCCCAUGCGUUUCGGUCGCAAUGCGCUGUGGUGGUUGACGCUGAUCAUGAUCUUGGCGUGCGUCGCUGUCUUUGAGAUUGGCGUCAAGACCGCCCGCGCGGCGUUUUGGACGACGGAUGUCGAUCGUUUUCAGGUUUUUGAGAAAGAUCCGGCGAUCAAGGCGCGCUUUGAGGACGCGGCGGCGGAGGAGUUGGCGCAGGGAUGGGAAAGGUUUGGGAAGGAGGGGGAGGGGGUGCCGGAAAGGAAGGGGAAGAAGAGAGUCUCGUUGUCAGGGAAGAAGAAGGGCAAGAAGUGGGAUUGGUUCGGGUUGGUGGAGAGGGAUGAUAGCGAUGAGAGCGAUGUGGAAGAGGCGGAGUUGGAGGCGGUACUGGCGGACGAUGAGCUGGUGCAGCACGAGAGUCGGAUCAGGAAGACGCGGACGGUUGAGGAGGAGCAGAUCAGGGAGGGCGAGGUGAGGGAUUUGUUGAGAAAUCGGCCGGAUGAGUUGUUGGACGCGCAGCAGCGGCAAGAAGAGAUGUUUGAGCAGGAGAUGGCGGAUGUGGAACAGGGAAGGAGACAACCGAGGACCAGCUUGGAGAUUCACGAGAUGCUUGCGAGGGGCUUUGGGGGCGUGAAGAGAAGUGAAACGCUAAAGUAG